AUGACGGUCUCCCUAAAGUCAGUCAAGGUCACCCCGGUACAAGUCUCUCUACCGUCACUUCCUCACAAUGCCACAGUACCUUGUGAAUUUAUUUUUGUGUCACACUCGGCUAUCAAUGAAAAGAGAAGCUUUACACGGUUAUCUGGAAUGAAUGUACCACCUCCAGUAGUCAGCAACAAGCAUUGGUUAAGGCUUCAUUUUGUCACUGAUGGCAACCAUCGUUACAGAGGAUUCAGUGCACAGUAUCAAGGUUUCAGCAACACAACUGCUACUACCACCGGUGAGUUGGAGGAGCAAAUUGAGGCUACUCCUGGUGCUGUAACACUUGCUCUCACAUCUGCUGAUGUUACUGUAUCCUGUUUAACUGCUACCCCCAACAAAAGCCAUACAGAAGAUAUCCUGGUCCAAGUCGUUGAACGUGUUUUGGAAUCAAGCAUAAUCACGGAUCUACAGUCUUCUCCAACAGCACAAACACAAAGCUUACGAAGACGGCCAAGAAAUUCUGUACAGAUAGACAGAACUAAAGAGCUUACAGGUGUUACUCAUAGAGUGAAAAAGUCCAUAGAUUUUAAAUCUAGAGGAUUUAAAUUGUUUCCAGGCAAAGACCUCAGCAGCAAGUUUUCUAUCUUAAAUGAGGGAGGUAUAAAACAAGCAUCAAAUAUGUGUCCUGACCCAGGAGAACCAGAAAAUGGGAAAAGAAUAGGCUCAAAUUUUAGCCUUGGAGCAACGGUACUCUAUUCUUGUCAUGAAGACUAUGUCCUUCAAGGUGACAAAAAAAUUACUUGUCAGAGGAUUGCCGAUGUGUUUGCAGCAUGGAGUGAUCAUAGGCCUGUGUGUAAAGUGAAGACAUGUGGAUCAAAUGUUCAAGGUCCAAGUGGCUCAUUCAUGUCACCAAACUUCCCAUUUCAAUAUGACAGCAAUGCCCAAUGUGUUUGGGUUAUUACGGCUGAAAAUCCCAACAAGGUUAUUCAAAUCAAUUUUGAAGAAUUUGAUUUAGAAAUAGGCUAUGACACUUUGACAGUUGGAGAUGGAGGAGAAGUCGGAGAUCCAAAAACUGUUUUGCAAGCGCUAACAGGAAGCUUUGUUCCAGACCUAAUAGUGAGCAUAACUAAUCAGAUGUGGCUUCAUUUACAAACUGAUGACAGCAUUGGCUCAAUCGGCUUUAAGGUGAACUAUAAAGAAAUUGAAAAAGAGAGCUGUGGCGACCCUGGAACACCUCUGUAUGGUAUUCGUGAAGGAGAUGGUUUCUCCAAUGGAGAUGUGUUAAGAUUUGAAUGCCAAUUUGGAUUUGAAUUAAUAGGACAGAAGUCAAUAACUUGCAAAGAAAAUAACCAAUGGUCAGCCAAUAUACCAAUAUGUAUCUUUCCGUGCUUAUCAAAUUUUACUGCACCAAUGGGGACAGUUCUCUCUCCAGACUAUCCAGAAGGCUAUGGAAACAAUUUAAACUGCAUUUGGACUGUAAUUUCUGAUCCAGGGAGUCGAAUCCAUCUGUCAUUUAAUGACUUUGACUUGGAAUCUCAGUUUGACUUUCUUGCUAUUAAAGAUGGUGAUUCUGUGGAUUCGCCGAUACUGGGAACUUUCACAGGUGCUGAAGUCCCUUCCCAUCUUACCAGUAACAGCCAUAUAUUGCGUCUGGAAUUCCAAGCUGACCAUUCAAUGUCUGGACGGGGAUUUAAUAUAACAUAUAGCACUUUUGGUCAUAAUGAAUGCCCUGAUCCUGGAGUGCCAAUAAAUGCUCGUCGUUUUGGGGACAACUUUCAGCUGGGAAGUUCUGUCUCAGUUGUCUGUGAAGAAGGAUUCAUCAAGACUCAAGGCACUGAAACCAUUACUUGCAUGCUGAUAGAUGGGAAAAUUAUGUGGAGUGGUCCAAUUCCAAAAUGUGAAGCUCCUUGUGGCGGUCACUUCUCUUCUCCCAGUGGAGUCAUUCUUUCUCCUGGAUGGCCUGGGUACUAUAAAGACUCGUUGAACUGUGAAUGGGUGAUUGAAGCCGAACCUGGACGCUCCAUUAAAAUCACAUUUGAAAGAUUUCAAACGGAACUGAAUUAUGAUGUUCUGGAAGUACACGAUGGCCCAAAUUUAUUAUCACCACUUUUGGGUUCAUAUAAUGGCACUCAAGUCCCACAAUUCCUGUUCAGCAGCAUGAACUAUAUCUACCUUCUCUUUACAACAGACAACAGCCGAUCCAAUAAUGGUUUCAAGAUUCAUUAUGAAAGUGUAACAGUGGAUACCCAUUCCUGCUUGGAUCCAGGGAUACCAGUACAUGGUCAUCGUUAUGGCUAUGAUUUUUCUAUUGGAUCUACUGUUUCCUUUGGCUGUCAGCCUGGUUAUACACUCAGCCAUGAAGAACCUUUGUUAUGUGAAAAAAACCAUUGGUGGAGCCAUCCUUUGCCAACCUGUGAUGCUUUAUGUGGUGGAGAUGUCAGAGGUCCAAGUGGCACAAUUCUGUCUCCUGGUUACCCUGAGUUUUACCCAAACUCUUUGAACUGUACCUGGACAAUUGAAGUGACCCACGGCAAAGGCGUUCAGUUCACCUUUCACACCUUUCAUCUGGAAGAUCUUCAUGACUACUUACUAAUCACUGAAAAUGGUAGCUUUACCCAGCCUCUGGCACGGCUCACUGGCUCUGAACUCCCUGCAGCAAUUAAUGCCGGUCUCUAUGGAAAUUUCAGAGCUCAGUUGCGAUUUAUUUCUGAUUUUUCAAUAUCAUAUGAAGGAUUCAACAUUACCUUUUCCGAAUACAACCUGGAACCAUGUGAAGAUCCAGGAAAUCCGCAAUAUGGAAGAAGACAAGGCAUCCAUUUUGGAGUUGGAGAUAUCAUAACAUUUACUUGUUCAUCUGGAUAUCGACUAGAAGGAAUAUCAGAAAUUGUUUGUCUUGGCGGUGGGCGUCGUGUGUGGAGUGCACCUCUGCCAAGGUGUGUGGCUGAAUGUGGAGCAUCUGCAACAAAUAAUGAAGGAAUUCUGCUGUCUCCGAAUUACCCACUGAACUAUGAAAAUAAUCAUGAAUGUAUUUACAGCAUUCAAGUACAAGCAGGGAAAGGAAUCAAUAUCUCAGCCAGAACAUUUCACUUAGCACAAGGGGAUGUUCUUAAAAUAUAUGAUGGGAAAGACAAUACUGUUCACUUGAUGGGAGCCUUUACAGCGUCAUCUUUGAGAGGACUGACACUUAGCAGUACAUCAAACCAUUUGUGGCUGGAAUUUAACUCAGACUCCGAAAUAACUGAUGAAGGUUUUCAAUUAGUCUAUACUAACUUUGAACUCUCCCACUGUGAAGACCCAGGUGUGCCACAAUUCGGAUACAAAAUUAGUGACCAAGGACAUUUUGCUGGCAGCACCAUUAUCUAUGGAUGCAAUCCAGGUUACACCUUGCAUGGAAGCAGCCUGCUGAAAUGUAUGACUGGAGAACGACGAGCCUGGGACUAUCCUCUGCCAUACUGCAUUGCUGAAUGUGGAGGCCGUUUCAAAGGAGAAUCUUCAGGCAGAAUUUUAUCACCAGGAUACCCCUUUCCAUAUGAUAAUAAUCUACGUUGUACGUGGAUAAUUGAAGUGGACCUGGGCAAUAUUGUAAGUCUUCAGUUUCUUGCAUUUGACACUGAGGCAUCGCAUGACAUCCUGAGAGUUUGGGAUGGACCCCUUGAAAAUGAGAUGUUACUGAAGGAAAUCAGUGGCUCUCUUAUCCCGGAAGGAAUUCAUAGCACUCUUAAUGUCGUGACUAUACAAUUUGAUACAGAUUUUUACAUCAGCAAAUCUGGAUUUGCCAUUCAGUUUUCAAGCUCUGUGGCUACAGCGUGUAGAGACCCCGGGGUUCCAAUGAAUGGCACUCGCAAUGGGGAUGGAAGAGAACCAGGGGAUACUGUUAUUUUUCAGUGUGACCCCGGCUAUGAAUUACAAGGGGAGGAAAGAAUAACUUGCAUUCAAGUAGACAACAGAUUCUUUUGGCAGCCAAGUCCCCCAUCAUGCAUAGCCCCAUGUGGUGGCAAUCUAACAGGGUCUGCUGGCUUUAUUCUGUCUCCAAAUUUUCCUCACCCGUAUCCACACAGCAGGGACUGUGACUGGACCAUUACUGUCAAUCCAGACUAUGUAAUUUCAUUGGCUUUCAUCAGCUUUGGAAUUGAACCUAAUUAUGACUUCCUGUAUAUUUAUGAUGGCCCGGAUGGCAAUAGUCCCCUGAUUGGAAGUUUCCAGGACAGCAAGCUACCAGAAAGAAUUGAAAGCAGUUCGAACAACAUGCAUUUGGCUUUUCGAAGUGAUGGAUCUGUUAGCUUCACUGGCUUUCAUUUGGAGUACAAGGCUAAAUUAAGGGAAUCCUGUUUUGAUCCUGGUAAUAUAAUGAAUGGCACAAGACUCGGCAUGGAUUAUAAACUUGGUUCUACUGUCACUUACUUCUGCGAUGCUGGCUAUGUAUUGCAAGGAUAUUCGACCCUUACAUGUAUCAUGGGGGAUGAUGGAAGACCUGGGUGGAACAGAGUGCUACCAAGCUGCCAUGCUCCGUGUGGAAGUCGCUCUACUGGCUCAGAAGGCACUGUGUUAUCACCAAACUAUCCUAAAAACUACAGUAUUGGACACAACUGUGUGUAUUCUGUUGCUGUUCCCAAGGAGUUUGUGGUUUUUGGCCAGUUUGUGUUUUUCCAGACGUCUCUCCAAGAUGUUGUUGAGGUAUAUGAUGGAGCAACCCAACAGUCGCCUCUCUUAUCCUCUCUCUCAGGAUCACAUUCAGGAGAGUCGCUUCCACUAAGUUCUGGUAACCAGAUUAAUGUUAGAUUUACAACUAUUGGACCAUUGACAUCGAAAGGAUUUCACUUUGUCUAUCAAGCGGUACCUAGAACCAGUGCAACCCAAUGUAGCUCAGUGCCAGAGCCACGUUUUGGAAAAAGGAUUGGAAAUGACUUUGCUGUUGGAUCUGUGGUUUUCUUUGAGUGUAACCCAGGAUAUAUCCUCUAUGGAUCCAUGUCCAUCAGAUGCGAUACAGUGCCUAAUGCUUUGGCUCAGUGGAAUGACACUUUACCAACGUGCAUUGUGCCCUGUGGAGGAAUUUUAACAAAGCGCAAGGGGACUAUUUUGUCUCCCGGAUACCCUGAGCCAUAUGACAACAAUUUGAACUGUAUAUGGAAAAUCACUGUGCCGGAGGGAGCAGGCAUUCAAGUUCAGGUUGUCAGUUUCGCUACAGAACAUAACUGGGACUCGUUGGAUUUUUAUGAUGGCAGUGACAACAAUGCUCCUAGACAUGGCAGCUAUUCAGGGACUACCAUUCCUCAUCUUCUAAACAGCACAUCGAACAAUCUGUACUUAAAUUUUCAAUCAGACAUCAGUGUUUCUGCAGCUGGUUUCCAUCUGGAAUACACAGCAAUAGGUCUUGAUUCAUGUCCAGAGCCACAAAUGCCCAGCAAUGGAAUAAAAGUUGGUGACAGGUACAUGGUUGGAGAUGUGGUAUCAUUCCAGUGUGAUCAAGGCUAUUCUCUUCAGGGUCAUUCUCAUAUCACGUGUAUGCCUGGCCCUGUACGGAGGUGGAAUUAUCCCAUUCCUAUUUGCAUUGCACAAUGUGGUGGCGCUAUGUCUGAUUUCAGUGGAGUGAUACUCAGUCCCGGUUUUCCUGGAAACUACCCUAGUAGCCUAGAUUGCACAUGGACAAUCAAACUUCCCAUUGGUUUUGGUGUGCAUCUGCACUUUGUCAAUUUCUCUACCGAAACAAUACACGAUUACCUGGAAGUACGAAGCGGCUCUGCAGACAUUGGCUCAGUAAUUGGCAGGUUAAGCGGCCCUCAGGUCCCUGCUUCCCUGUUCAGCACAACCCAUGAGACUAGCCUGUAUUUCCAUAGUGAUUAUUCACAGAACAAGCAGGGAUUUCACAUCAUUUAUCAAGCGUACCAAUUACAGAGCUGUCCUGACCCCCGUCCAUUCCGCAAUGGGUUUGUAAUUGGGAAUGAUUUUACAGUGGGACACACCAUUUCUUUUGAGUGUUAUCCUGGCUACUCACUGAUUGGAGAAUCUGCACUCACCUGUCUGCAUGGAAUCAGCCGAAACUGGAACCAUCCAAUACCUCGCUGUGAUGCUCUCUGUGGAGGAAAUAUAACAGCAAUGAACGGCACUGUUUACUCCCCUGGUUAUCCUGAUGAGUACCCAAACUUCCAAGACUGCCUCUGGCUGGUUAGAGUCCCUCCCGGAAAUGGAAUUUACAUCAAUUUCACAGUCCUUCAAACAGAACCGAUUUACGACUUUAUAACUGUAUGGGAUGGGCCAGACCAGAGUUCUCCUCAAAUUGGGCAGUUUAGUGGCAACACUGCUUUGGAAUCUGUUUACAGCACAUCAAAUCAGGUCCUUAUAAAGUUCCAUAGUGACUUCACAACCAGUGGAUUCUUUGUACUCAGCUAUCAUGCCUACCAGUUGAGAAUAUGCCAGUCGCCUACUUCUGUGCCAAAUGCUGAAAUUUUGGCAGAAGACGAUGAAUUUGAAAUAGGGGACAUAAUACGUUAUCAGUGUGUUCCGGGCUUCACCAUCGUUGGUAAUGAAAUUUUGACUUGCAGACUGGGCGAGCGCCUUCAAAUGGAUGGAUCACCACCUUCAUGUCAAGUGCUAUGCCCGGCCAAUGAAAUACGUGUAGACUCGACAGGUAUCAUCCUAAGUCCCGGCUAUCCUGACAGCUACCCCAAUCUUCAGAUGUGUGCGUGGAGCAUUAGCGUGGAGAAGGGCUACAAUAUAACCUUAAUCUUUGAAUUUUUCCAUACUGAAAAGGAGUUUGACAUGCUGGAAGCUUUUGAUGGACCAAACAGCCACUAUCCACUGCUGAUUUCCUUAAGUGGGGAUUAUUCGUCUACUUUUAACAUAACCAGCAGCGGACAUGAAGUUUUCUUAAGGUGGUCUGCAGAUCAUGGCACCAACAAGAAAGGAUUCAGAAUACGAUACAUAGCUCAUUACUGCAGCACUCCUGAGUCUCCUCCACAAGGAUUCAUUGUGAGUCAGACAGGUGGGCAGCUGAACAGCAUGGUCCGCUGGGCUUGUGACCGAGGUUUUAGGCUCAUUGGAAAAAGCACUGCUGCCUGUAAAAAAGCUCCUUAUGGAUAUUACGCCUGGGAUGCUCCUGUGCCGGCAUGUCAAGCAAUAUCAUGUGGGGUUCCUAAGGCUCCUGCAAAUGGAGGCAUACUGGCAACUGAUUACUUAGUGAGUACAAGUGUCACUUAUUUUUGCAACGACGGAUUUAGGUUAUCAUCUAAAGAGCUCACUACAGCUGUAUGUCAGCCAGAUGGCACAUGGAGUAAUCAUAACAAAACACCUCGCUGUGUAGUUGUGACUUGCCCCAGCAUCAAUUCUUUCACCUUGGAACACGGAAGGUGGCGCAUUGUCAAUGGAUCCCACUACGAAUACAAGACAAAAGUUGUCUUCAGCUGUGAUCCUGGCUACUUCCGUUUGGGACCUGCAUCUAUUCAGUGCCUUGCCAAUGGGACAUGGAGUUGGAGAAAUGAGCGACCUCACUGCCAGAUUACAUCUUGUGGAGACCUUCCUGUACCACCAAAUGGGAAAAAAAUUGGAACUCAGACAACAUUUGGCUCCACAGCAAUAUUUACAUGCGACACCGGUUACAUGUUGGUUGGGUCAGUCGUGCGAGAGUGUUUAUCUUCUGGACUAUGGAGUGGGGCAGAGACUAGGUGCUUAGCUGGUCACUGUGGAACACCAGAAUUGAUAGUGAAUGGUCAGGCUAUUGGUGAGAAUUUUGGGUAUCGAGACACGGUUGUUUACCAAUGCAACCCUGGUUUUCGUUUAAUUGGGUCGUCAGUGCGAAUUUGCCAGCAGGAUCACAACUGGUCGGGGCAGCUGCCUUCUUGUGUGCCUGUUAGUUGUGGUCACCCUGGCAGUCCAAUUUAUGGACGAACAAGUGGCAAUGGCUUUAAUUACAAUGACGUUGUUACAUUCUCCUGCAACAUGGGAUAUGUCAUGCAAGGACCAACUCGGGCACAGUGCCAAGCCAACCGGCAAUGGAGUCACCCACCUCCUAUUUGUAAAGUGGUCAACUGUACUGAUCCUGGAAUCCCAGAGAACUCUAUACGGGAAAGUAAAAUUGAGCAUGGUAACUUCACCUAUGGAACAGUGGUAUUCUAUAACUGCAGUCCAGGAUACUAUCUGUUUGGAUCUUCUGUUCUUGUUUGUCAGCCAAAUGGACAAUGGGACAAGUCUCUUCCAGAAUGCAUUAUGAUUGACUGUGGUCAUCCUGGAGUUCCUCCAAAUGCAAUUAUUUCUGGAGAAAAGUUUACAUUUGGAUCUACUGUCCAUUAUUCCUGCACUGGAAGGAGAACUCUAAUAGGGCAUUCAACAAGGACCUGUCAGUUAAAUGGGCAAUGGAGUGGAUCGUUACCUCACUGUUCAGGUGAUACUUCAGGCUGGUGUGGAGAUCCAGGUGUACCUGUACAUGGGUCUAGGGAAGGUAUGGAAUUUAGAACAAAGAGCAUAAUGCGAUUCACCUGUGAUGUUGGAUAUGUGCUUUAUGGAUCUGAAGAAAGGAUAUGCUUGGGCAAUGGAUCAUGGACAGGAAGACAACCAGAAUGUAAAGCUGUACAAUGUGGGAAUCCAGGAACAACGGCAAAUGGAAGAGUAUUCCGAAUUGAUGGGACAACCUUCUCCAGCUCAGUGAUAUAUUCCUGUGUUGAUGGCUACAUUCUAUCUGGCACAAGCAUCAGACAAUGUACAUCUAAUGGCACAUGGUCAGGGAACCUACCCAACUGCACAAUUAUCAGCUGCGGAGAUCCAGGUGUUCCAGCGAAUGGUCUACGAUAUGGAGAAGACUAUAUUGUUGGGCAGAAUGUUACCUACAUUUGUCAGCCUGGAUACACAAUGGAUCCCAAGAGCUCAAUUACACGCACCUGUACAAGUAACGGGACUUGGAGUGGCGUCAUCCCAGUUUGUAAAGCUGUUACGUGCCCGUAUCCCCCUCAAGUUUCCAACGGGAGGCUGGAAGGAACGAACUUUGAUUGGGGAUUUAGCAUCAGUUACGCCUGCUUUCCGGGUUAUGAAUUGUCCUUCCCUGCAGUGCUAACCUGUGUUGGCAAUGGAACGUGGAGUGGAGAGGUUCCGCAGUGCUUACCCAAAUUUUGUGGUGAUCCUGGGAUACCAUCAAACGGCAAACGAGAGGGCAAAAGCUUCAUUUACCAGUCAGAAGUGUCUUUUGUAUGCAGUGCACCUUACAUCUUGGUUGGUUCUGACACGAGAAUAUGCCAAGCAGAUGGAACUUGGAGCCGUUUUCCUCCCCGCUGUAUAGAGCCCGCAUGGACAUCUUGUGACAACCCAGGCACGCCUCGUCAUGGAUUCCAAAAUAACACAUAUGGCUAUCAGGUGGGAAGAGUUGUUCAGUUCUCUUGCAAGAAAGGCUAUCUACUGCAUGGAUCCACCAGCCGUACAUGUCUUCCUGAUCUCACCUGGAAUGGCUUGCCCACUGAGUGCAUUCCCCACAGCUGCAAGCAGCCAGAGUCUCCAUUACAUUCAAAUGUAGUUGGAAUAGAUCUUCCAUCACUGGGUUAUACAUUAAUUUACACUUGCCAGCCAGGAUAUCUUCUCUCAGGAGGCACUGAGCACAGAAUAUGCCAGCCAGAUAACACAUGGAGCGGAAAAGUUCCCGUUUGCACAGCUGGUUCUAAACCAUUUGAAGAUAAAACCAAACCAGUUAUGGGAACUCCAAGUCCAAAAUUAAGUGUUCCAGAUGAUAUAUUUUCUCGGAAUUAUGUAUGGAAAGGCUUUUACAACUUGAAAGGAAAAAAUCAGCCAAUGAAUUUGACAGUAAACAGCUACAAUGUAUCUACAGGAAGGGUAAACGCAACGCUUAUCAACAGCAACACUGAGUUUCUUCUUUCAGGGGUCUACAAAAGUCAAGAAGCGCGCUUGAUACUGCACAUCAAUUCAGUAAAAACAUCAUCUCACACCUCCCUGAGCAAAUUGAAAGAUGAGAGAUGGGCGAUGGAUGGAUUUGUAUCAGCUGAACCUGAUGGAGCUACAUAUGUUUUUCAAGGUUCCAUUCAUGGGAAAGAUUAUGGGCAAUUUGGACUAAGAAGUAUAGGAAUUAACACGUCAGAGGAUAAUUCUUCAAACCAAUCUCUCGGAACAAACAGUAGCUCUGUCGCUAUAGCUAUCCUGGUGCCUUUCUUCGCUCUUAUAUUUGCGGGUUUUGGAUUUUAUCUGUAUAAACAAAGGACUGCACCCAAAACCCAGUAUACAGGAUGCGCUGUACAUGAAAAUAACAAUGGUCAAGCAGCUUUUGAAAAUCCAAUGUACGACACCAAUGCAAAGACUGUGGAGGGGAAAGCAGUACGAUUUGACCCAAAUUUGAACACUGUUUGCACAAUGGUAUAAUGCUAGAAAACUCUUCUAUUUUUUUGACUCCGAAACUGGAAAAGAAAAUUGAGACAUACCGCUGUGCACUCUGCGGUUCUCCGCUACUAUUAAAGCACAUUUUUAGGAACACAAUGGGGGUCACGGGCGCCCAAGGAGGAAGAGAGAAUGAAGAAGACUCGAUACCGGACAAACUCAAACUACACUUCAUGUGCGACAUGGGACAUUUUCCAGCAAGUCGACUGCACUCUAUGAGUGCUUGAUUACAAUUUAUUUUCUUUUUUUUUGAAAAGGAGAUUAAUCUAAACAUGAAACAUAUUUGCAUAUAUCGGAGGAGCAUCCACUAUCAGUAUUUACUGUGCUUUAUAAACUAUAUUAGAAGGUCUGGAAUUUAAAAAAAAUUAUAAAAGAAAAAAAGAAAACAAAAAUACACAACAUGAUAUAUGGUAGACAAUUGCUAUAAUUACUGGAGACAUUAAGACAAAUUACAAGUAUUAAGUAAACUACAUUUUACCGCUUUGGCAACAGGAAUUAAAAAUGAAGUCCUCACCCCCCUUUUGAUUUGGGUAUUCCAUUGUAUGUUUUUAAAACAGUAAACUAAGACUGGGUGUUUAUUUACCUUCCAUUGCCCAUUUUGCCCUGUGCAGAUACUUUUGACAUAUUUUCAACAUGUCUCAGAAAAAUUCCCUGAACAAUCUAAGCUUCUGAUUUGGUACUGUUAACACCUACUUUGCAGCAACUAACAACCUGCAAUAGCAUGGAUUGUCCAGGGGAUUCCAAAUCAAUGGUUUGUACUAAGUGAUAAGGAGCUAUGGGAUAUCUAGUUCCUUUACCACAAGAGAAUAUCCUUUCCCCCCCUGCCUUCUUUGUAUUUUUAUACAAUAUAUGACUCACCAUUAGUGAGCUUUUUCAUGAAAUAGUGUUAACUGAUGUAUCCCAUGCUAUGCAUGUUCUGGUUAACAAUAUAUUUACAGAAAGUUAUUUU